UAGCUUGGCCGUGUAGCUCACAGUGUAGCAUCUCUAGCUACGAAUUUGAUGAUAAUCUGACCUCCUGACGACCUGGUGGUUUUGUUCACCCAUGCCACUGAAGGAUCAGUCAAACUCGACCGCCAUGAAACCAGCAGUGGAUGAGAUGUUUCCGGAGGGUGCUGGGCCGUACGUUGAUCUGGAUGAGGCUGGGGGAAGCACAGGACUGCUGAUGGACCUGGCUGCCAAUGAAAAGGCAGUUCAUUCAGACUUCUUCAAUGAUUUUGAGGAUCUGUUUGAUGAUGAUGACAUCCAGUGACGGAGACUAAUGUGUCUUCAGAGCAGUGAUGGAUGACAUUCACACCACUCCACGUCUUUUUUUCCUCAACAUUUUUUUUUGUGGAAAGCAAACCAACCAUUUACCGUCUAAUGACAUACAAUUUCCUUUCAUAGUUGUCCUAGUUUCAGGCUUCUUAAAACAUCCUUAAAAAGUCUUCAGCGGCUCCAGAUGUUGUGAAAUUCUUAAGAUCCCAAGGAUUCCUUCAUAAGGUUCGUCAAAGUUAUGAGCUUGUAUUGUGCUCAUGUCUUCGACUGCUUCUAAGCUGGAUUGCAGGUUUCAGUGUGCCGGAGAACACCUGUUAGGAGCCUAAUUAUACAUAUGAUGGGCAGAGGCACCAUAUGCUGUCGCCCUUAAACAUACUGCAGAUGGCAUAUGAGAAAUGAUGUUCUGCUGAAAUGGCUUAAAUUAUUUGUAUGACAGUGUGUGGUUUUAUAUCUGCAGUCUGUCACGUUACGUCAUGCAUUUGUACAUAUAUGUACAGUAGUUAUGCAUCCACAGUUGUAUUUUUGUGAUGGAUUGUGCAUGUGACACUGAUCCAAUGUCAAUAAAUAUAGAUGUAUAGAUUUUUGUAUAUAUGAA